AAAUGGCCAACGAGCGACGCGCGACAUUCCGCACCCAACUCUGUUCGGCGCAUCGGCCCCAUCUUGCUCUUCCUCUCUUCUUGCGAUGGCGAUCUCGGUGCAGUUCGCGCGGCUCUUCCCCGGCUUCGUCGUUCCCUCCAGAGUCCGAUACGCGCCUGGCGCUAGGCCGUCGCUCAUCGUCCGCUGUGACGGCGGAGGCGGCGCCGCCAUCGAACAGGACUUCGACAAGAAGGCCUUUCGCCAUAGCCUCACCCGAAGUGAGAACUACAACCGCCGCGGGUUCGGCCACAAGGAGGAGACCCUUGAGCUCAUGAAUCAGGAGUAUACCAGCGACGUGAUUAAGACGCUGAAGGAGAACAACAAUGAGUACACAUGGGGCAACGUGACGGUGAAGCUGGCAGAGGCGUACGGGUUCUGCUGGGGUGUGGAGCGGGCUGUCCAGAUUGCUUACGAGGCGAGGAAGCAGUUUCCUGAAGAGAGGAUAUGGAUUACUAACGAGAUCAUCCACAAUCCGACGGUCAACAAGAGGUUGGAAGAGAUGGAAGUCCAAAACAUCCCUGUUGAUGAUGGCGAAAAACAAUUUGAUGUUGUUGAUAAGGGUGAUGUCGUAAUUUUGCCUGCUUUUGGAGCUGCUGUUGAUGAGAUGUUUACCUUGAGUCAAAAGAAGAUCCAGAUAGUGGAUACCACUUGUCCAUGGGUUUCGAAGGUCUGGAACACUGUUGAGAAGCACAAGAAGGGGGAUUAUACUUCAAUAAUCCAUGGUAAAUAUUCACACGAAGAAACAAUUGCAACUGCCUCAUUUGCAGGAAAAUACAUUAUUGUGAAGAACAUGACUGAGGCAAUAUAUGUAUGUGAUUACAUUCUUGGUGGGAAACUAGAUGGGUCUAGCUCAACAAAAGAAGAGUUUCUCCAGAAGUUCAAAUAUGCUGUUUCCCCAGGAUUUGAUCCUGAUGUUGACUUAGUUAAAGUAGGCAUUGCAAAUCAGACUACAAUGCUCAAAGGUGAAACGGAAGAGAUUGGUAAAUUGGUUGAGAAGACCAUGAUGCGAAGAUUUAGAAUAGAGAACGUCAAUGAGCACUUCAUUAGCUUCAACACCAUUUGUGAUGCCACUCAGGAAAGACAAGAUGCUAUGUACAAGCUGGUGGAAGAGAAACUUGAUCUCAUUCUGGUAGUUGGUGGAUGGAACUCCAGUAAUACUUCACAUCUACAAGAGAUUGCAGAGCUCAAGGGAAUUCCAUCUUAUUGGAUUGACAGCGAGCAGAGAAUUGGACCAGGAAACAGAAUAAGUUAUAAGUUAAACCAUGGAGAGCUUGUUGAGAAAGAAAAUUGGCUGCCUCCUGGUCCAAUAACAAUUGGAGUGACCUCAGGUGCUUCUACUCCCGACAAGGUUGUGGAGGAAGCACUGGUCAAAGUAUUCAACAUUAAAAGUGAAGAAGCCCUGCAGUUGGCGUAGCUCGAGGCACGACAAGAAGCAGCUGUUGCUAAUCGAAGCAACCUGCUUUUCUUGUACAGGAUCAGAGUAACGGCAAUACAAAGGUGCAUGCAUUAUAUCGGACUUCGCAAAACCUCGAUUUAUAAUGAAGUUGAUGUGUGUCUAUGUUGAUCGAUGACACUGGUAAUUGCUGAGACUUUUACCAGUCGACUUCCAAGUAACCAGCAAGUUCUAGUGGUAGAAGAAGUUUACAUGAUUGUUGAAUGAAGUGGAGGCAAUGGCAGCAUAUGCUUCAUGCUGAAUUAUAAUCACAUGUUUCACCCCAGUACUUUGAUCUAUAUUAUUUUUUGCCUUUGAA